UAACAUCCUCGCAAGUCCCAUCCUCUUUCCAUAACCCUUCCUGGAAAGCCAACCAGCAGAGCAUCUCCAUGACUCCGUCCUUUUCUCUUUUUCUUUUCUAAUCCGUCUGAGAGAGAAUUAGUCAAUGAUAAGGCAAAAGACGUUGGGCACUUGUCUUCGCUUAGCAUUUGAACAAGAAAAAAAUAGUAACAAUAAAAAGAAAAAGAGAUUCCAAAGAAAACAAGUCUUUGCCUUAAGAGUUUCUACUUUCUAUGUUCACCUACUGCUUUUCUUAUCAGAAGCAGAAUUAUAAUCUGCAUGCAUUCUAAAGAAGAUAAGUGAAAGUCUUUUUGUUUUUUUAAUUUCCUAGCCUUCUGAUCAUUGCAGUGCAAAAGUUUAUUAUAUCUACUACAGUUUUCUUUGAACUCAAAAAAAAAAAAAAGGAAAAAAACUUCACCGACUUUGUCAGUGUCUGUGAUAUAUUUUGGCUGGAUCAAAAUAGAAGCUCCGUCUUGCCACCUCAAAGUUCAUGUAUAUUUCCUUUGUUACACUCCACCCAUGGCAUUUGUGUGAAGAAGAGAGCUAGAAACUUUGUGUUUGUCUCUUACCCUUUCACAUUCAAUUGUUGAGAAUACAGAGUGCAAAGUUCAUUUCUGCUUCAGUUUUCUUUGAACUUUAAAAAAAAAAAAAAAAACCUUCACCGAGUUGGUGAGCUUGGUUAGAUCAAAAUAGAAGCUGCUCCGUCUUGGCUCCUGAAAGUUCAUCUGUAGAUUUCCUUGAUCAUCAAAGAAUGGCUCUUGAUUGUGUUACCUCUGCUAUUGCCAAUUGCGUUGGGAACCUGGCAACAGAAUACGCAUCACCUUAUGUUGGCUACUUUUUUCGUUUUGGCAAAAUUGUUGAAGAUUUCAAGAACCGGCGAAAUGAACUUAAAUCAAAAAGAGAUGAGGUGAAAGAUGCUGUCGAUGAGGCUUUAAGGCAAACUGAGGUAAUUAAGAAGGGCGUUGAGGAGUGGCUAACAAAGGCAGAGAAAGAAUUGGAUGAAGCUCAGAGUUUGGAAGAAGAAAUAGAACGUAACAAGUGUUUCAAUUGGUGUCCUAGUUGCGGCUGGCGAUACUGCUUAAGCAAGAAAGUAGCGAAGAAGACACUUUCUAUCUCUAAACUUUUAGAGGUUUGUAACUUUCCACGAGUUGGCCAUCGUCCUCCUCUUCAAGGAAUAGAGCUCUUACUACCCAAGGAUUUCAUGCGUUCUGAAUCUUCAAUGUUAGCUUUCAAUGGAAUCAUGAAGGCUUUAAAAAGUGAUGGUGUGACAAUAAUUGGAUUGUACGGCAUGCCAGGAGUGGGUAAAACAACUUUGGCGGAUGUAGUGCUGAAGCAAGCUACAGAACAAAAGCUUUUUGAUAAGGUUGUGAGUGUUACAGUAUCCCAAACUCCAAACCUCAACGAAAUUCGGGCAAGGAUUGCAGAACUCUUUGGUUUAAAAUUUGAAGCCAGUACAGAAAAAGGAAAAGCAGAAGAGUUAUGGCGAAGAUUAAAAGGCGAGAAUAAGAUUCUCAUAAUUCUCGAUGAUGUUUGGAAGGAACUUGAAUUGCAAAUUAUAGGAAUUCCAUUCGGUGGUGAACACGAGGGUUGCAAAAUUCUUUUAACUACACGUGAUCAACAAGUUUGUUGUAAAAUGGAUUGUGAAGAGGAAUUUAAGCUGAACAUUUUAUCUGAACAUGAAGCAUGGGUUUUAUUCAAAGAUAAAGCUGGUCUGAAAGAUGACUCUCCCACCUUGAAUGUAGCGAAGGAGGUUGCUCGUGAAUGUGGCUGUUUGCCUCUUGCAAUUGUAACUGUGGCAAAGGCUCUAAAAGGCGAAAGUCUAGAUGCGUGGAUAGCAGCAAAUAAAAGACUCAAGAGCUCAAGACAUUUGGAUAAUGAACAUGUUUGUGGACAUAUCUAUAGAUGUCUUAAGCUUAGUUAUGAUUAUUUGGAUCAAGAUAAUAUCAAGCAAUGUUUCUUGUUGUGUUCCCUUUUUCCAGAAGAUUAUGAGAUUAGUAUUGAAUUGUUGAUUAUAUGCGGAAUUGGUCAGGGAUUGUUCAAUAAUAUUUACUUAAUGGAAGACUUAAGGAGGGAAAUUCAUCUGGCACUAUCAAAACUCCAAAAGUCUGGUUUAUUAUUGGAAGCUAAUGAUAAAGACCAUGUAAAAAUGCAUGAUGUGAUUCGUGAUUUUGCUCAUUGGAUAACAUCGAGAGGGGAAAAUAUAUUCAUGGUAAAAGAUGGGUUGACGGAAUGGCAUAUGAGUGAAAGGUUUGGAUGUUAUACGGCAAUCUCCUUGUGGAACAUUGAGAUCAAUCAUCUUCCUAACAAAGUGGAAUUUUCAAAACUCAAGACUUUGUUUUUCAAAGGAAAGAAUUCAUUGAGAGUUUCGUGUGCCUUUUUUGAAAGAAUGACAACCCUCCGAGUUUUACUUCUCCAAGAUGUUGUACUCACACUGGAAGCACUUAAAUUCUUGACAAAUCUUCGAACUCUGUGCAUUAUAAAUUGCGAGCUUGAGAACAUCUCAUCAUUGAAGAAUGUGGAAAACCUUGAGAUUUUGGCAUUGCUAAAGACUAAUAUUUAUGGGCCACCAAAAGAAAUAGUGGGAUUGCAUAAACUAAAAUCACUAUAUAUUUCUUACAGUGGAGUGUCGUUAAGCUAUUUCCCCCUUAACUUGCUAUCAAGGUUGGCCUCACUCCAAGAGCUACACGUGACAAGUAGAAACAAUGCUAACUUAUUGGAGCUGAAUUCUUUGUUUGGUUUGACUGCAUUAACACUUAAAGUUUCUACUCAUCAAUGUUCUCAGGAAAACUUUGUGUUCCCUAAACUACAAAGCUACAAUAUAGCUGUAAAUGACUAUAUUCAAGAUUUGGCGGGGCUGCGCUUGAGAACCUUGAGAAUUAAGCAUUUCUCAUCCUCAUUAAAUGCAUUUAAGGAGCUGUUUUGCAAUGUUGAAGAUCUUACUCUGUCCCAAGUCCCAAUGGAAUACAAAAAUAUUGUCCCAAAUGUAGAUCAGCGUGGACUAAAGGAAUUAACUUCUCUUGAGCUUUCAUUUUGCACUCAUCUGGAAUGCUUGAUCGAUACAACACGAGAACAAAGUCCAACCACUGCAUUCUCUAAUUUGGUGAACUUACACAUUAGAUUCAUGACUUCUUUGAAAGAGUUGUGCCAUGGUCAAUCACCGACUAGCUUCUUAGAAAAGUUAGAAACAUUGAGCAUUGUCGAUUGUAAGCAGUUGCAAUCAGUGUUUCAAAUGAAUUGGCUUUUUGGAAAGGAAGAAAGUCUGACGCGCACAAUCUCCAAUUUAAGAAGUUUGAAGUUGAUGUCGUUGCCAGCAUUAGAGAAUAUAUGGAAAGAGCCAACUCAUCAUAUAAGGUUACAAAGUCUGAAGGAAGUAACAAUUGAUAGUUGUGAUAAACUAAAAUCUGUCUUCUCACCUUACCUUGUUCAAAGUCUGUUGCAUCUAGAAACACUCGAGAUAUCUAAAUGCGAAAAAUUAGAGCAAGUCUUUGCUUUUGACAAAGAAAUGGCUGACCCAGAGGUAGUACCACUCUCAAAUUUAAGAAGGUUGAAACUACAGUCAUUACCAGCAUUGGAGAGCAUAUGGAAAGGGCCAACUCAUCAUGUAAGGCUACAAAGUCUGAAGGAAGUAACAAUUGAUGGUUGUGAUAAACUGAAAUCUAUCUUCUCACCUUACCUUGUUCAAAGUCUGUUGCAUCUAGAAACACUUGAGAUAUCUAAAUGCGAAAAAUUAGAGCAAGUCUUUGCUUUUGACAAAGAAAUGGCUGAGCUAGAGGCAGUACCACUCUCAAAUUUAAGAAGGUUGGAAUUGCAGUCAUUACCAGCAUUGGAGAGCAUAUGGAAAGGGCCAACUCAUCAUGUAAGGCUACAAAGUCUGAAGGAAGUAACAAUUGAUGGUUGUGAUAAACUAAAAUCUAUCUUCUCACCUUACCUUGUUCAAAUAAAGCAAGUCUUUGCUUUUGACAAAGAGAUGGCUGAGCUAGAGGUAAAUCAGGCAGUACCACUCUCAAAUUUAAGAAGGUUGGAGCUACAGUCAUUACCAACAUUGAAGAGCAUAUGGAAAAGGCCAACUCAUCGUGCCAUUGGACUCCCUUGCCUACAAGAUUUUCAACUUGUAAACUUGAUAAAUUUGAGUUCGGAAAACUUUCUCAUCUCAUCACCAUCCUUGGAGAAGUUGAAAGUUUGCAACUGUCCUAAAUUGAGAAAUUUCACUAUUCAAAAAGAAGUUAAUGAGCAAAUUCAGCUAGAGGAAUUAUAUCUCUCUAUGUUGGUGAAUAGCUUUCAAUUGCGUAUUUCAGCCAACUGCAAUCAAGAAUAUAUAGCAGUUGGGAGUCAUGAAGAAGUAUUCCAAGUUCAUGGGCGUAUAAAGAAACUCCUCCUGGAGGAUUUAUCUGAAAAGUGGAUUAUAUGGAAGGAUGUCGCUCAGGUUGUAACUCUUGAGAACCUUACAAUUUUGAAGGUGAUUGAUUGUAAGAGGCUAAGAUACAUAUUUUCACCUACAACUGCUCAAAGUUUAUCACGGUUGGUCAAUCUAGAAAUACAAAAUUGUGAUGAAUUGGACCAAAUCAUUGCUGAGGAUCAAGUUUGUUCAUCAUCAGAUGGUGAUCUCCAACCUAUAAGCUUUCCUAAUUUGACCAAAAUUUUUGUUCUAUAUUGCAAAAAGUUGAAACGACUCUUUCCUCUUGGAUCUGCUCGUUGUCUUCCAAAUCUUGUUACGUUAUGGGUUAAAGGGAACUCUAAAUUGGAGCAAGUAUUUGAACUUGAAGAUGAAGCAGAAGCAACAACUGAAAAGGAGAUAAAGUUUGAUCAACUAUACAGUUUAUCACUUGAAGAACUGCCAAGCCUCGUUGACUUCUGCCCAAGGGGAUAUCACUUUGUAUUAUCAGCUUUGGAUGAUUUGAGAGUAGAAGGAUGUCCCAAGAUGACUACAGGUUUCUUCAUAGAUACAAAGGAAUAUGUGCACGCCAAAACAGAGACACCGCAACCAGUUAAGCAAGACGCCAAGACCAUUCGACGGAGCAAGAGCCUUUGUGAGCUACCACCUUACAAGGAAGAACUAUGAGAUGAUUGCAGGGGAAGUUGCAAAGGCAUGUUUAAACAUCAAUGAGUAUGUUGGAGCCAUUAACUAAACACAGGUAGUUGAAAUUAUUGUGCUUUGGGUUGAUCAAGAUGUUGGCUUCACAGAGUUGUCAAGCAAAGGGAUCACUUGCUUUCAGUAAUUUACCUAAUCAAUGUUAUGUUUCUCACUGCAUCCACAA